AUGAAAGAUCAAGGAAUAGGCAUUUCAAAUUUACCAAACAUCUAUUUUAGUAGAGUUGUUAAUAAAGGCAUUAAGUUUAAUUUAAUGGUUAUUGGAUCAAGAGGAUUGGGAAAAACUUCAUUUAUUAAUAAUUUCAUAGGGAAAUAUACUGUUAAGAGAAAUAGAAUGUUAUGUUUUACUGAAUUACCAUUACAUAUUGAAGUUUCACAAAUGGUGGUUACAGAACAUGAUUUUAACGUUGAUUUGGAAAUAAUUGAAGUAGAUGGUGUUGGUGAUAAUAUUGAUAAUGAGUUUUAUCUACAGAAUUUUUUUAAAGAAAGAUUUAAUGAAUUUGAUUUGAAUAGUUCAAAUGAUAGAAGGGUGCAUUUAUGUCUCUAUUUUAUAGAGCCUAUUGACUUUAUUAAGAAAACAGAUGUUUAUUAUAUGAAAUCUCUUAGUGAGUAUUGUAAUGUAAUACCUGUUGUUGCUAAAUCAGAUAUGAUCUGUGAACAAGAUAGAGAAUCUUUUAUUAAUAAGUUUAAGGGUAGUUUAGAAGUAUCUAAAUUAUCGUUCUUUCAAAAUUUAACCACACCCUUUUUUAUCAACACGGGUGAACUCAAACAAAAUGAAGUUGCAAAAAACAGAAUUUACUCAGAAUAUACUUUAGAUUUUAAUUUUAGAAAUCAAUAUUACAAAUUAGUUUCUUUUAUAUUUGAUGAAAUUGUUAAACUUUUUAAUGAAACUCAAUAUUUCUUUGAGAAAUAUAAAAUUAUGGAAUUAGCUAAUGAAGUAAUUGAAAAAAAUCCUAAAUCAUUAAAGAAAGAGUUUUUAAAGAAAUUUGAGGAAAGUAAAAAAGAAAUUGAAAAACUUAAAAACAGACUUUCUAAAUUAGAAAAAUAA